GAGGGUGGCCGGAGGGUAGCCAGAAAAGGGCCAUGCAGGAGCGGGUGCUUCGCUGCUGUGAUGUCAGGGCUGGGGCCUGGCCAGCAUGGGCACACCGCCUCGAGUGCCCCCUCUCUCCUGCCCAGCAAAGGUCAACUCUGCUGAAACCCCAGACUAAGCCCUGAUCCCGCCUGGCACUGGGCCUCAAGCCCACAGUGGCCUCAAUCCUGACCCGCCCCUACCAUCCUACACCUGCCCCCGACCCAGACCCCAGUGAGCCUGCCCAGUCCCCAGCCUCCCUGUGUCCCACUUUGGCCCAAGGAGGACUGGGGUGGAGGCUUCUCAGAGGCCCUGCCGGGGCCGGGGACUUAGGCUGUGUCACUGAGUGACACGGAGUGAUUAUGCUGUCAUGGGCUACCUGGAACUCUCUCCACCCCACUGAGUCAACUCGCUGGAAAGGCCCACAGCCAUCGCCAACCCAGGGCCCGGCAGUCAACCGAGCCCACCCCGCAUCAAUGACUGAGCUGAGGUCCCCAUCCUGGGCUAGGGGACCAGCACAGGCAGGGUCCGCACGGGCAGCGGCCAGUGGCCAGCCCGUGUUGAGCAGUGAGGGUUGUCCGGCGGAAGACCCUGAAGCCAUGCGAAGGCACUACCAGUUGCGGGCAGGCUGGUGACCAGGCUCUCCUGGCGCUCCUCGCCAGCCUGGCCCUGCAUCAUGCCCACCUCAGUCCUGGGCAUGCUGUCCUCUGGCUUGCCAGAAAUGGUCUCGCUCUGUCCCAGAGGCGGCCAGAGCCAGGGCCUCUUCUCCCACGGGGCCCCGGGCAGAGCAGCUGACAGGAGGGCCUGCCCCGUGCCCAGGGAAGGCGAACUCUGUCCACCCGUAGCCGAGGACGACCUUGGGUCUGCCGUGCAGUGGCCAGGGCCCUCACUGCAGCCCACUGCUCACAUGGCCUGGUCAGAUCGCACUGAGGCUCAGGCUGCCCUGGGGAUGGCCUUCAGCCUGCCUGAGUGGUCCUGGGGCCAGGAGGCGAGGGACAGGGACAGCUCCGUGUCAUCGGGCCGCCUCUCCUGCUCCUCGGGAGGCCACGAGUCGUGUGCACCUGCUCAUGGGCCCUGGAAAGAGAGACCACCCCUGGUGUUGGGGCCACGGCGGCAGCCCAGAAAAAGCGACCCCCGGUUGGAGCAGCUGAGGGAUAGGAUCCGGGCUCAGGCUCAGUGGCAGACAAGCAGCGCCUCCCUGGGCACCUCGGCACCCUCUAGCGCCUCACGCCUCUGCAAGGCCUCGCCGGCAGUACGCAGGAAGACCCGCAGGGUGGCAUGUGCCCUUCCCGCCCCUGCUCACCCAGGCUUCAGUGUACCCAGUACAGCUGAGCGCAGAGCUGAAGACAAGGCCACCUUCGGCCGGGGCCACGAACUCUCCAGCGCCUCCCAGCGCCAGGCUUCUGUUCCAGGGGGAAAACCUGCCAAGCUCAAAAGCAGCUCCUGCAGAAGAGAGCCAGCCCCCAGGCCGCCCCUCCCCAGAGCAGCUGCCAGAAACAGAGAUUCCGAGUUGGUUGGCGUCUAUGCCUGGAGAAAAGGACAGGCUCUGGUGAGGUCACUGCUUGGGCCACCCCCUGGCCUCUGCAGGCCUCAGAGCAAGGCUCCCACCACAGACUCAGGAGACGGCAAGAAAGUUACAGCCACUGAGCGCCCACCUGUCCAAACCUGCUCGCCCAGGCUUGCCUCUGCCCACAGUGGCCAGCAGAUGUCUGAGGAUGCACCCAGCGUGGCUUCCCGCGAUCGGCCAGCGACAAUGCAAACGGCCAUGGCUAUCCUGCGAGACCUCCGCCAGCAGGUCCAGGCCGGGCUGGAGCUAGCCCAGGGACCCAAGGGUGUGCGGGAAUGCAGGCACACGAAGCCGUGCCCUCGAGACCCGGCAGGGCAGAGGCGGCAGGGUCCCCGGAGCGCUCCGGACAUGCGGGGCUCCCUUUUGAAGAGUCCUUGGACCGCAAUGAAGGGCAGGCCUCCUUUGGAGAGAGCCAGGAGCUUCCACGCCCCCCGGCCCUGGAGCACCUUGGCCGAGUGGGAAUCCUGUCCACGGAGGGCUUGGGUGGGCCUCAAUCAGCACCCCUCCUUCCAGAGACCUGGAAACCCCCCAACGAGGUUGGGCCACUUCUCCCAGAAGCCCUGGAGUGCAUCGGUCGGGCAGCCCUCCUGUUCACGGAGGGCAUGGGCAGCCCAAGGACAGGACUUCUCCUUUCAGAGACCUGGGAGCGCCCCUGAGAAGUUGGGCCCCUUCUCUCAGCGGCCCUGCAGUGCUUUAGCUGCACAGGCUGGUCCUCAGAGGGCCUGGGUGGGUCACAAAGAGGACCCCUCCUUCCAGAGACUGGGGAGCCCCCCUGGGAAGCUGGGUUCCUUUUCCUGGCAGCCCUGGAGUGCCUUGCCUGGGCAGGCCUGUCUACCAAGGGCCUCGGGGGCUAGUGAAGGCUGGGAAUCCCCUGCCCCCCGACCAUGGAGCUCUCGGGAAGCUGUCCCUUCUCUUGCCCGGCACACCGCCUUGGCACAGAGGGCCAGCACCCUGGGAAAGGGCAGUGGCGCCGUCCCCCCGUCUUCUGGAGCCAAGCUCACGGGGCUGAGGCCCAGCCAGAGCUUUCUGCAGAGCCCCCUGGGGAAGAAGGAUGUGCGACCGCCCCCGCCCUGCCCAAGACCCCGGGGCUCCCUGGGCCAUCCCUACAGCUCCGAGUCCUUGAGGGACUUCAUGCGUCAGAAGGCGCUGGCACGACGGCGGCAGGCCCAGGAAGACAAAGCCACGGCCGCACGGACCCUGGAGCGGAGAAACCAGAGGCUGCAGGAAAUCUACAGGAAGCAGAAGGAGGCCGCCCUGAGCAGAGCCGGCCCUGUGGUCUCCCAGACCAGCCCUGGCAUCGUGACGUUCGUCCCCAGUUCUGCGCAGCUGGGGGGCCCAGAAGCCCCUGAGAGCCUGGCAGCGCCAGUGCCCGCGUGGAGCAAGGUGACAUCUGGCACGGUGCUGGGGGACCAGGAGGUCCCAGGCAGCUUCUGCCUGUGUUUGAACAGAGCCCGGAACAAUGCCAGGACGCUGGAGACCCCAGAGACGGGCGGUCCCCAAGACGGCUGGGACGGGCGCCCCCUGCUGCCUGCCACUUCCUCCCCGAGCCCCCCGCCCCAGGCGCUGUGCAUCUACCUGGACCCCCGGGAGGCCGAGCUCCUCGGCAUGUCCGGCCCACUGCAGCUGCAGCACAAGCAGGCCCUGCUGCAGGCGCUGGAGAGCACGGCCCACGCCCUCCAGCAGCGGAUCGACAGGCUGACCGCCCAGCUGCACGGGUCUGUGGCGCCGGCCGCUGCUGGGGACCUGGACUUGGACUUGCCGCCCGCGCGCCCCAGCACUGUGCCUGCCAGGCGCCCGCUCACAGCGCCAUCUUGCCCCACAGCCUUGGUGCCCAGUGGGGGCCCAGGGGUACCCCAGGCCUGGGUGGGCAUGAAGGCCAGGCCCCGCCUCUUCCCCUCCUACUUCCUGAACGAUGAGCUACCGUCCAGCAGCCUCCGCUGGGAGCGGCAAAAGAGUGAGAGCCUGAGGGCCCCAGGCUUCCUGGAGGAGGAAAGUUUGGAGCAGAAGAGGCUGCAGAGGAAGGCGGCUGCCCUUCGCGCCCUCGGUACCUGUACGGGGAGCUCCCGCGGGGUCCCAGCCAUACUGGACCCCACCUGCGGCCCCCAGCAGGGAGAGGAGGUGCUGCUGUCUGGAGGGGCAGGCAUGGCAGCGCCCUGGAGCACCCAGACCUGCGGUAAGGGCGAGCCUGUGGGCAGGCCCUGGGCUGGCUGGCCGGGAGGCCUGCUCGGGACCCUGUCCACUGUGUAGAGAGCGAGCUCACUCUGAGGGCAGAGGAACCCUUGUGGAGGCGUCUGCACAUCCGGAUUAAAGUUCCU